UUAGGUUGGCUGCACUGCUAUGUUUUUGGAGGCAAACAAACGCAAAGCAGCUGGGAGACGCCAAAAGUUCAAAAGUAGGGUUUUUAAAUGAUAAUUCUUCGCUUUUAAUUUUGCCCAGAAGUGAAAUCAGCUCACGAAUCAUUUCCACCUCGGAAGGGGUUUUUCACCAUCAAAAAGUUGUCGGAAAAGAAAGGAAGCCGACAUGGAACGAGAAAAGACAGAAUACUUGAAGAGGCUGCGAGUGAUUUUUCAAAGGUUCAGCGUGAAUGAGUUGGAGACGAUCAUCUUUGAGCGCUACAUUAAAGACUUCAAGUGGGAGGACUUUUUGUCGGCAGCUGCCGAAGAUGAAGAAAGGGUCACCAUCAAAGCAGCUGCUAAUUUUCUGUGCAGCAAGCUCGCUAGAUGGUCUCCCCAAGCAGUGGCUGACCUGGCUGAAAGAACGUGGAUCACAGAUGUUUGCUUGCACUCAAAACGCCAUCAGUGGACCACAUUUGACCUUGCUAAUGGCAAAGGGAUGGAGGCGGUUCCUCGUUCAGGUGUAUUCUUCAAAAUUGUGGAAAGGAAGCUGAUGAACAGAAACAUCGAAGCGAUGGUGCGCGCCCUCAGAUCAAGGAACCGCUUCUGGCUGUCUGUCCGCUUGCCAAAGAAGUGUACAAAGAGGCAGCCUACGGUGUUUGAAAAAUACCAUGUGCCCAUCUUCUUUUCCAUUCCGUUAGAUAAGCCUUUUAUGUUCAUCAUGACCAACAAAGAGAAGGUGGAAGAAGCUGUCUUGAAGGCUGUUGCCUCCGCAGUUGGAUACAGAAGUGCCUCCAUUCGCCAGUUGAGGGGCAAGCAAAUCAGUCAGCUGACUAAGGCCUUAGAAUUGCACGAAAACUUUGACCAUUUGGCUUUGAACAUUGAGGAACCGGAGUUCGAGGUAGAAGAAUUGUCGAAGGGUGGACUGGACAUGACCAACCACGCUGCCAAGAGCAAGUACUUUGAUGUACUCCUGACCGAAGAUCCUCCUGUGCUGGAAUCGCUCAAGUUUGUGUCGAAGGAGCCAUUUCGUCUGGCGAAUACUCAAGAUGAUGGCAUUGACUGGAGCAAGAUCAAAUUUUCUUGCGACGUCACAAUCAAGUCCAAGAAUGCUUGGGAGACUGUGAGGAAAAUGGCCGUGGAGGACGACGUGUGGGAUUUCCCACCUCCGAAGUACCUCAUCAAGGCCUUCCACUCUGGCAAAGAUGUGAACGACUUCGAAGAUUCCGAUGAUGAAGACGAUUAAUUUAAAACCACUUUAACACUCCAAUGAGCAGCAACCUGCUGUGAUCUCAAAUCUAAGUCUGACAGUCUUAGCAUUUAAUUUUAAAAAAUGAUUUGGUAAUUUGGGAUUAUUUUCCAGUGUAAAGACAUUUUUUCUGGCCAGGGAAACACGGACAUUAACCAAAUCCACAAUCUGAAUAAAAAUCUCUUAAAAUUGUCACUUUCAAAAGAAGAAUUUAAAACUUGACUAUUUAUAAUAAAUAAGUCUUACAAAUCUUCUCUAAAAUCCAAUUAUGUACAUUGUUGUAAUAAGUGCCAUUGUAAAUUUUGUUUGAAGAAAGAGAUGAUCGUGGAAAUGGAUGAAUCGGGCUUUUUCCUCAUUGCAGAAAUUUGUUUUUUAAUUCAAAAAACAAGUGGCUCUACCAGUUUCCGUCACGGUCUGUGACCCUAUUUCAUGAGCAAGAAAAAUAAAAAAACUAGCAAAAUUGAAUACAUCACAUUUUAAUAUUAAAAUUAAAAAAAAAACCAACAAACUUGUUAGUUUUAUUUUUAAUUUUCAUGUUUCUAUGUAGUGUUUUUAAAUUUAACUGAUUUUUUGUAUUUUUCUUGCUCAUGAAAUAGGGUCGCAGACCGUGACCGAAACUGCUAAAGCCACUAAUUGUUUUUUGAAUAAUAAAAAAAUUUCUGCAACGAGGAAAAAGCCCGAUUGAUUCAUUUCCAUUGUAAAUUUUGUAAUGAUUAAACAGAAUAAAAACUAUAGGAAAAACAAGAAACCUUCUCAUACAAAAAAAUAUCUCUGGAAUUU